CGCUUCUGGGAGCUUUGGCGCCCUCGGCGGCCGCCGUAGACGCGUCGGCCUCUGCGCGAGAGGCGGGGCUCUAAGCCCGGAAGUGUCACUUGACGGAACUCCCGGGGAUUCGGGACGAAAACGAAUUCUAAAUCUCCAGCCGAAAGAGAGUCACUGGGAGGAAGGAAGAGGAGGUGCCUGGUUUGGGGAUUGUUGCUUCAUGAGAGACAGAAGUCUCUGAAUAAAACUGAAGCUGAUCCAGAAAGCACCAAGACAGAGCAUCUCUGCUUCUGGCAGUGUCUGAAGGACCAAAGAAAAUGAUCAGCGCUCAGAAAUCAGUGACACUCAGCGAUGUAGCUAUAAAGUUCUCCUGGGAGGAGUGGCAGCUCCUGGACCCUGUUCAGAAGACCCUCUAUCAGGAUGUGAUGUUGGAGACCUACCGCCACCUGGUUUCCAUCGGUUAUCAAGUUAGUAAACCGGAUGCAUUCUCUUGGUUGGAACAAGAACCACCUGCGUCCAUAUUAGAAAAAUGCAAUGGUGAAAUUUGUUCAGAAAUCUGGAAAGCCGAUAAUUAUUUGCUUGGGUGCACACAAAAUGAAAGAAGAGUGGACAGAAUAGAACAGUGCUAUGAAUAUGAUGUGUUGGAACAUGUGCAUCAGCACCAAAAUAACUUUCCUCUUAUGGGAAAUCAUGGGAUACUUGACUUACAUGAAAAAGCUAUGAAAUCAGUUUUAACUUUUCCAACAAUCAACCAGAGCAGAAGCAAUAAAAUAAGCGAGUCUAUUGUGCUUAGUGGAGGUGAGAAGACCUUUCUCUAUGCUGACCAAGAGCAAUUUUGUACUGAAAUGAAAUUUGCUGAGUGUGAAAAAUCUAAUAGCUUUAAAUCACAACACAUUAAGCAUCAGGAAAAGAACAUCAAUCCCAUUACUCAUCAGCAAAUUCAUACUAGAGAGAAUCGCUAUGUAUGUAGUUACUGUGGAAAAGGCUAUUCACAGAGGAGAGAACUCAUUAUUCAUGAGCGAAUCCAUACAGGUGAGAAACCCUAUACAUGUAGUCAGUGUGACAAAGGCUUCACCAGUAAAAGUAGUCUCACUGCUCAUCAGCGAAUUCAUAGUGGAGAGAAAUCCCAUAUAUGCAAUGAUUGUGGAAAAGGCUUCUUUUGUAAAAGUCAACUCCUGCUCCACCAGCGAAUUCAUACUGGUGAGAGACCUUAUAUAUGCAAUGAAUGUGGGAAAGGCUUUAUCAGUAAAGGUACUCUCACUACUCAUCAGCGAAUUCAUAGUGGAGAGAAACCCCAUAUAUGCACUGAUUGUGGAAAGGGUUUCUUAUGGAAGAGAGAAUUCCUGCUCCACCAGCGAAUUCAUACUGGUGAGAGACCCUAUAUAUGCAAUGAAUGUGGGAAAGGCUUUACCAGUAAAAGUAUUCUCAGCGCUCAUAAACAAAUUCAUACUGGAGAGAAACCCCAUAUAUGCACCGAUUGUGGAAAAGGCUUCUUAAAAAAGAUAAAACUCAGUCUCCACCAGCGAACACAUACUGGUGAGAAACCCUAUACAUGCAGUGAAUGUGGGAAAGGUUUCACCAGAGACAGUACUCUCAUUUCUCAUCAGCGAAUUCAUAGUGGAGAGAAACCCUAUAUUUGCACUUACUGUGGGAAAAGCUUCUUAUGGAAGAGAAUACUCAUUCUUCAUCAGCGACUUCAUACUGGUGAGAAACCCUAUACUUGUAGUCAAUGUGGAAAAGGCUUCAUCCGGAAGUUCUCUCUCACUGUACACGAGCGAGCUCAUACUGGUGAGAAACCCUAUGUAUGCACUGAUUGUGGGAAAGGGUUCACAGUAAAGAAGAAUCUCACUGUGCACCAGCAAACUCAUACUGGAGAGACACCCCAUGUGUGUGGUGAAUGUGGAAAAGGCUUCAUCCAGAAAGGAAAUCUCAAAAUUCAUUCUCGAACUCAUACUGGAGAAAAACCCUAUAUAUGUGGUGAGUGCGGUGAAGCAUUCACUCAGAAGAUAAGCCUUCAAUUACACCAGAGAUUUCAGACAGGAGAGAAAUCUGUUUUAUGCCGUGAAUAUGCAAAAGAAUAUAUCCAGAAGUCAGAGCUCAGUCAACACCAGAAAAUUCACAAAGAGCAACCUUUUCGUUGCAGUGAGUGUGAAAAAGCCUUCACAACCAAGCAAGAGCUCAUUUUACACCAAGGAUUCCAUAAAGACCAGUUGCCUUUUUGCUGCAAGGAUUGUGGAAAGGUUUUUGCCUGUGUCUCUAAGUUUGACUCACACAAAGAAAAACACAAAAGAGAAAAACAUCUAAGAUUAGUCAAAGUGGAAAAUUGCUUCCCAGUGGGUCAUGUGUUGUCACAGAACAGUGCUCUCAUGCAGGAGAAGAACCCUGGUAAUAUACUGACCUUACAAAUCCCCUCUGUGGCUACUCUCACACCAGUUAACACCAGUGGGAUGCUAACUAAUAGGAAUGUCAUUCUAGUGGGACAGCCUGUUGGCAGAUGCGAACCAUCGGGAGAUAAUAGAGAGUCUGUACCGCAGGAAAACCACACGAAUGUAGUGAAUAUGGUAGUGCCUGUGAACCCAGUGCCCAUGGCAGUGCCUCCAGUGUCCAAUUACAUCUUAUUCUAUGUUCCACAAAACUCGUAGGAGAAGCUGGCACAUUCCCUGGGCACGAGGGUUGAGCAGAUUGUCUACCUCAUGUUAUGCUACAAAGGGUAUCCUGAGGGAAAUCAUGAAUACAGAGACUGGAAAGCCUGAUAGCCUCGAUCGGUGCAUGUGUACAUUCCUAUCCAGACUUACCUAACGUAAUCCCCCUGUAUAUCAGUGAAUUGCUUUGUUGCAUCAAAUGAUCGAAAGUGAGUCACUGCCGUGGACAAAAUAAAGUAACAUUUUAAAACAGAAACAAUGAGCAUCUGGAACAUUGCUUUUUUUAAAAAAA